AUGACCGACGCGAAGCCUGUUGCUACACCGCUACCCACAUCUCCGAAACUAACGCUCCAGUCUGGUACACCAUUAGAGGAUGGCUUUCAGUAUCGCUCAGUUGUUGGAAGUCUCCAAUACUUGGCGUUCACCAGGCCUGACAUAUCAUACGCCGUCACACGCCUCUCACAGUUCAUGAACAAACCAACCAUCGAUUACUGGCAGGCAGCCAAACGCUUAGGCAAAAAUCCAAUCUCAUGGUCAUCAAAGAAACAAAAAGGAGUGGCUCGUUCGUCUACGGAAGCUGAAUAUCGUGCAGUGGCUAAUACUGCGGCCGAGAGAUUGGCUGAGUUCAUGGGUUAUGGAUUCACAGAUGAGGAAGCGAAGAAUGGGGUCGUUGAGAAAGUUGUGAAUCUUUGCAGCUUCGAGACAUUAAAGAACCUUGAAGUUAACAAAGGUGAUAAGGAGAGAGAAGAUCAUCCUUCUCCUUUCACAAAGAGCGCGUAUUUCAGGAAAGGAAAAACCGGAGAUUGGGUGAAUUAUCUGACUCCAGACAUGGCAGCUCGUAUUGAUGGGAUAAUGGAAGAGAAAUUCAAGGGUACUGGUUUGCUUGAAUAUGGUAAAUGA